AAACUUUCACUCUCAAGAUGAGGCACGUCGUUGUUUUGUUGGCUGUGUUAUGUGUGUGUGACGGUGUAAAGUUCGGUCAGCUCUGCAGUGGAAACUCCUUGAACACCAGGAGGACUUCAGACAGCUGGGGACAGGGACACCAUGGAGCCAGCCGGGGCACCAGGGAACACCAAGGUCUGGACAUCAAGUGCAACGACGGAGCGACCGUCUACGCUCCGUUUGAUGUGACCCUCCACGGAAAGGUCACUGUGUACACCGACGCCAACAAGGCGGCCAUCAACAACGGCAUCAACCUGAGGGGGCAAGGUCUGUGUUUCAAGUUGUUCUACGUUCAGCCGGACCGGUACUAUGGAUCGGUGAGCAAGGGCCAGAGGAUCGGCGUCAUGAUGCCGAUGCAGACGGUUUACCCAGGAAUCACCUCGCAUGUCCAUGUCCAGAUGUGUGGCAAGAGCGACCCCACGCCGUAUUUCUAAUGCCCUCUUCAGGGACCUCUGUAACUCCCUGUUUGUCGACAAUUAAGCUCUCUUUAUUGGCUUAACGCACUCUUCUGUUAUAAACAAAUCAAAGAUUAAAGAGCAGUUUUGUUGUUUCUUUAUUCAUCACUAACUAUG